AGGGGAGAAAGGAGCAAACGUAGAUAAAGUUGCUCGUCUACCCCUUCCUUCCUACUUUGCUUUGCUACCAAGCCAAUUUGAUUCCUCCAUUCUUCCAAAACAACAACAAGAUCUUGAUAAUUGAUCUAAAUUUCCCCAAAAAAGUGUUUUUUUCCUACUCUGUGAGUGAUAUUUUGCUGCAAUCUGAGGGCGGAAGAGCUUCUGUGCGAUUCCGGUUCAUGGCCGCCGCCGGCGACAGCCAGCAGACAUGGGUGCCGUACGUGCCGACGGGGGACUGCUCCUUGGGCUUCUGCGGAAUCUACUGCCCGCAGUGGUGCUUCGUCAUCUUCCCGCCGCCUCCGCCUGCUGAAUUCUCAGACGACAGGUCCGGCGGAGUAGCCUUCUCCCCCCUCGCCAUCGCCAUCGUCGGCGUUAUCGCAGGCACGCUCCUCCUCAUCUGCUACUACACCGUCGUCCCAAAGUAUUGCGGCGGAUUCCGGUCGUUGCAGAGGCGGCUGAACGCCCCGAGGGCCGCCGGCGACAGCCUCGAGCUCCACGGCGGUCGCUCCCGCCACCAUGAGGCACGGUGGCAGCAGGACUCGCCGGAGAAAGGCAUCGAUGAGGCGCUGAUAAGUAAGAUUGCGGUGUAUAAGUACCGGAAAGACGACGGGGUGGUGAAGGGAGCAGAUUGCUCCGUCUGCCUCAGCGAGUUCCAGGAGGAGGACAGCCUCCGGCUGUUGCCCAAGUGCGGCCACGGCUUCCAUCUCCAGUGCAUCGAUACGUGGUUGAGGUCUCACUCCAAUUGCCCGCUCUGCCGGGCCAGUAUUAAUAUUCCUCUGGAUCGGCCGCAUCCGCCGCAGUCGCUUCCGGCGGAGGCUGCCGAAUCGGUGAUCCUGGAGUCGCCGGGAAGAGACGAGAUGGUCAUAGUGGUGGAGGAGAGAAUGGAAGAAGAAGAAGAAGCAUGCCAGGAGCAUGGAAAGAAGAACCCACCCCAAGUCGCGGCGGAGCAGAGUCAGCACAGCAAAGUCGAUACGAGAGACGAUGCCGGAUGCGAAAAGGAAGAUGGUCGACGAUCGUUCUCAACAGGAAAUGCGUCGAACCAAGACAGGAUUCCGAUCGCCGACGUCUUGCAGACGAGAACGGCAGACGAGGCGGCCGGCACCGGUUCGUCCGCACCCGGAAAGGCCAGCGGCCGAAUCAGAGGAUAUCAUGGCGCCGUAAGCCCGACCGCCGUGAACAGAUCGCACUCCAAUGGCGGAUUCUGCUAAACUCCAGCUUACUGUUCUUGAAUUACUUGCUGAACACUCGAAUCCAAAAGAAAAUUUUGAUCAUUUAUCAUGAACUGUUACUUCUUUAUCACUUCUUUCGAUUGUCAGCAAGGGACUCUGCAACUAAAGAUGCUGGAUGCUGGACUUCAGGAUUUUCAUAGAACCGGAUAGGUCAACCUGCUCGACAUUAUCAAAUUGACUAAUCAAAUUUUAUUUUAUCAAUUGUUUCUUCCUCCCUCCCUUUCUUUUUAUUAUCACUAAAAAUAAAUUGUAAUGUGUUGUUAUAAUUUUGCUCCUUUAAUCCUACAAUAGUCCAUGAUGA